UUUUUUUUAUACUUAAUUUCAUGAUUUUUCAUCUCGGGAUUUCCCGGGAUUUGCAAAAAUAUCCCGGGAUUAUUAAACCUUGAAAAUUGUCCGGGAUCCCGGGAUCCCGGGAAACAAACCCUAUAGCUGCAACAGAUGGCGCUACUUCCGCACGCCCGAGGAAUUACUACAUACCACUAUCUCUUCGUAUAUAGUCUCUUUGGUUUGCACCAAGGUGGUGAUGCAGUGUGUGGCAGCCGUCUGUGCUAUACAAGGCUGUGAUCUCUGCAGUAUUUUACUUUAAGGACUAGUAUUUACUCUAUCUCUAUAUUCAUUCCCAUCUAGUGCUUGGGCAAUGUUCUCCGUCCACACAUUUUAUUGUCUUAUUGUCCAGGGGGAGGUACCGCCCCCUCCCUUGUUGUGCUUUCAUUCCUACCAUUGUAUCUUUUUAGUUUCAUGGUGCUACCUACACAUGUACUAAUAGUUGUAUAAUCACACGCUGUCCUGCCUGGGGGUUGGGAUGGCAUGUUCCUCCCUUCUCCCUUGUUGUUAACCUGCAACAAUAAACUAUCAGUCAAUCAAUCUCUUAAAAACAAAAAAUAGAAACAGGCUGAAAACAGCAACUGUGAGUGGGGCAUUUUUGGCAAGAGAGUAUGAAAUCUUCUGGGAGCCUGUUGUAGAAAACUCUCCCCAACCAAGGACAUGUGUUCUCGCAUUACGAAAAAGAAUCUUUAUUGCAACCUUCCUGUGACAUCAAGAUCAAGGUCAAGAUCAACGGAAGAAAACGGCAACGCUGCGGAGUUUGCCACACCGCCCACGCCUCCACUCCCACCCAGUGACUCCACGCCCACACAGUGCCCCCACGCCCAUCCAAAUGCCCCUCAGCCAGCCACUGUUGAGUCCACACCACUACGCAGCCUUAGACUCAGGUGACGAAAGUCGAGAAGAUUACCAGAAAGGUGUGGAAAUAGUUAACUAUAUGAAAGAAACCUCGAGGGCAGCAGCUGAUAGGGGAUUUGCAGGAGUAGAAAUGGACAACAACUACAGAGUGGCAACUUAUCUGGUAUAGAGGUCAUUUUGAUCUUCUUUACACAUUGCAGAGCAGGUGCAAGGAACAGUGCUCGCCUCUGUGGUGCAAGCAGUGGCGUAACACCCAUAGCACAGGGGUGGCCAAAGCCCACGGGCCUCGGAGGUCCUGGGACGAGAGAGAGAGUGGAGGAUUUACAAGGAGGCUGCAGCCUCAGGCCCUGGGUAUUCAGGGGGCCCCCGAUGAGGCAAUGAUUAAAAAACAAAUAAAUUAGUAAAAUAAAUAAAACCAACAAAAAUAAUGUGAAAAUAUCUUUUUCUUUUCCGUAAAUUUACUGCUUUUCCCUUCGUAAUAUUUUCAUUUUAGCUAAAAUACAAUAAGUAAUGUGUCAACACUGCAACAAACAACACUGGAAUCAUUACGGUUCCCCUCUCCCGCGUGUUCGAAUGGUACUGUCACUGUGUGGGAUCUGUAUUUUUUGCGGUUUUCAGAGUGAAAUAUCAGUGACCAAGUUGUGUUGUGUGUAUCAGCAUGUCUUGUAAUAACCACUGAUCAUUGUCAGACAGUGAUAAAACCCGGACUUUGCCACAGACAUGAUUUGUGAUGAGUUUUGCGUGUUGACUUGAUCUUUGAAAUAAGAAACAUGGCUGGCUGAUGGCCGAUCAGUGCAUGACAUGGUUCAUGGUGGGUUCUGUAUUUUAAUAACUUAUGUGCUGAUGGGUAAGAAUCCGACUUACUGAUAUUAUAGUGAAUACGAGCAACAACAUUGUGUUGUGUUUUAUCAGCAUUCAGCAUGUUGUAUAAUGACGAGUGGUCAUUGUCGGUCAGAAAGCCCGGUCAUUGCCACAUACAAAGUGCGGUGAGUUUUGCAGUGGUGUUUCUGUAUUGAGUGGUAUGAUGCGUGGCAGGAUCCUGCUAUUCUAAAAACUUUUGUGCUGAAUAGUUAUUAUGAUGGACUUGUUGGAUUUGUGUUGUGGUAUAAACCGUAUAAUGCAAGGGCUGCAUGUUUAAAAGAUAUGGAGAUUGUACCCAAUCCUCACCCUAAUCCUAAGUCCUAACCCAAAUCCUAAUCCCUUCCCAACCUCCUGAGCCCCCCGCACAACCCCCACAGACUAUACCGCCCAAAUGCGGCCCUCUGCGGAUCCGAGACUUGAAAACUUGAAUUUUUUUUUUUACAACAAAGGAGACAGCUCAAGGGCACACACAAAAAAAAACAAUAAUAAAAAAAGCACGCUACUCGCUGCUCCCAAAAAAUAAUUAAAAGGGGUGGCCGAAAAAAAGGUCUAUUUCGGGAGGAAAGGUGUCCUGAUACCCUCCUCUUGAAAGAGUUCAAGUCGUAGGCAGGAGGAAAUACAGAUGAAGGAAGAUUGUUCCAGAGUUUACCAGCAUGAGGGAUGAAAGAGUGAAGAUGCUGGUUAACUCUUGCAUAAGGGGUUUGGACAGUAUAGGGAUGAGCAUGAGUAGAAAGUCGUGUGCAGCGGGGCCGCAGGAGGGGGGGAGGCAUGCAGUUAGCAAGUUCAGAAGAGCAGUCAGCGUGGAAAUAUCGAUAGAAGAUAGAAAGAGAGGCAACAUCGCGGCGGAAUUUAAGAGGUAAAAGACCAUCAGUAGGAGGAGGAGAGCUGAUGAGACGAAGAGCCUUAGACUCCACUCUGUCCAGAAGAGCUGUGUGAGUGGAGCCCCCCCACACGUGAGAUGCAUACUCCAUACGAGGGCGGACAAGGCCCCUGCAUAUGGAUAGCAACUGUGCGGGGGAGAAGAACUGGCGGAGACGAUACAGAACGCCCAACCUCGAGGAAGUUGAUUUAGUGAGAGAGAUGUGAAGUUUCCAAUUGUGAUUUUGAGUUAAGGAUAGACCGAGGAUGUUUAGUGUUCAAGAAGGUGACAGCUGAGUGUUGUCGAAGAAUAGGGGAUAGGUGUUUGGAAGAUUGUGUCAAGUUGAUAGGUGGAGAAAUUGAGUUUUUGAGGCACUGAAGGACACAAAGUUCCUUCUGCCCCAAUCGGAAAUGAUAGCAAGGUCUGAGGUUAAGCCUUCUGCGGCCUCCAGUCUGGAGUCGUGUACUUUCUGUUGUGAUGGUCUUCUAUUGAAAGAAGUUGAAUAAUGCAGAGUGGAGUCGUCGGCAUAUGAGUGGACAGGACUUUGUUAUGGAAAGAAGAUCACUGAUGAAUAACAGGAAGAGUGAGUGAUAGGACAGAGCCCUGUGGAACACCACUGUUGAUAGGUUUAGGGGAAGAACAGUGACUGUCUACCACUGCAGAGAUAGAACGGCCGGAAAGGAAACUGGAGAUUAAGGAACAGAGAGAGGGAUAGAAUCCGAAAGAGGGCAGUUUAGAAAGCAAAGAGUUGUGCCAGACUCUAUCGAAGGCUUUCGAUAUGUCUAGCGCAACAGAGAAAGUUUCAUCGAAACGGCUAAGAGAGGAUGACCAAGAUCAACCGACUUUGAUACAUAAGGGUGGACACAAGAGUAGACAGGAGCUUAAGAAUUACGGACCAAUCUCCCUUGUAAACACAGUAGGGAAAGUUUUUUGUGCAGUGCUGAAUGAAAGGUUGUGUAAAUGGAUUGAGAGGAAUAGGGUACUAGGUGAGGAACAGAAUGGUUUCCGGGUUGACAGGAGAGCUGAAGAUAAUAUGUUUGUGGUGAAUGAACUGAUUGAAAGGAAAAAGAGAGCAGGAGAAAAGUUGUACUUAGGUUUUCUAGACAUAGAGAAAGCUUACGACAGGGUUAAUAGGAGUAUGUUGUGUAGAGUGCUGGAGCAGAUUGGAUUGAGUGAUAAGUUUGUGAACAUAAUUAGGAGUAUGUAUGCAGGCACAAGAGCUAAAUACAGGUUAGGGAACCUAGACAGACUGGGUGAAGGGCGAGAGAGGAGUGAGGCAGGGUUGCAUUCUGUCACCAACAUUAUUUAGCCUGUAUACAGAGGAGCUGGCAGUUAGGAUGAGAAGAAUGAAUGCGGGAGUGAAAGUUGGAGAGGACAAGUUGUGUGUGUUGUUGUAUGCGGAUGAUGUUGUGAUUUUGAGUGACUCUGUGGGAGACUUACAAAGAAUGUUAGAUGUGGUAGGGGGGUAUGGAAGAGAUUUUGGUGUUAGAUUUAGUAGUGAGAAGAGCAAGAUUAUGAUAGUCAAUAGGUCAGAGGAUGAGAGAGAAACAACUUGGAGACUGGAAGGGAAUGAGUUGGAACAGAUGGAUGAAUACAAGUACCUAGGGGUGUGGAUGGAGGUAAAUGGAUGCGGCAGGGCCAAGAAUGUAAAGAUAAGUUUGACAAACCAGUGGGUAGGCCGUUUAGGGAGUGCAGCGAGGAUGAGAGCGAGCAAGUAUGAUGUCAUCCGUGAGGUUUGGAAGAGUGUGGCUGUCCCGAGCAUUAUGUAUGGAAUAGAUGUGAUGACAUGGAAUGAGAGUGAGAUACAAAAAUUGGAGGUGGGGCAGAAUAGGGUAGCAAGAAUGGCACUGAAUGCACCAAGGUUUGCAGCAAUAGAGGCUCUUAGGGGUGACAUGGGAUGGAGCACGUUUAGGGAAAGACUAGUAAAGGCAACCUUGAGAUAUAAAGUGAGACUGGAACAAAUGGAGGAUGCAAGAUUAGCAAGAAAAGUAUACUUGUGGAAUAUAAGAGAUGGCAAAUGGGCGAAUAAAUGUGGGCGAAUGAUAGACAGGAAUGUUAUGCUAAGUAGGUGGGUGUACCGACCCUUUGAAGAUAGGCAAAAUUUGUUUGAAUGGAGAGUAACAAACAGGAAUGGAGAGGGGUUUGAGUGGGAUGUAAGAAAGUGGAAGAAUGUGAUAGAUAUGGCAGUUAAAGAUGAGGGAUUGAGAAAGUGGAAGAAUGAGAUGGAAAGAAAGGAAACUCUCGACUGGUACAGGGAGAAAGAGGCCCCAAAGUGUGAGGUGUGGUAUGAGGGAAGCCUGGGAGGUGAUCUUUUCCGCGCAAGAGCGCAGUGUCUGGAUGUGAAUGCAAGGAACUAUAGAUGGUCUGAGUCCCGCAGCAAAGUGUGCCAGAUGCGUGACAGGGGUGUGGACGAGACUGUGCAGCAUGUAGUGCAGGAAUGCAAGAAGUAUGACAGGGAGAGAACAAAAAUGAUGCAUGUGUUUCUGAGCGAGAUGGGACGUGGAGUGAACGGGAGGACGGCACGGGAGUGGAUGGUGCUGCUGCUGGGGCUCAGUGGAGAGACGAGUGGACGAGUGAUUGAGGCAGUGAAAGAGUUCUUGGAGGGCAUGUGGCGUGAAAGAUGUAGGGAAUGAUAUCUUGCCCCGAGAACAUAGACUUCCCGCAUGUUUUGUUUUCUUU